AUGCAAAACUCAAUCCACCUGAAUUUUCCGGCAACCAACAAUUCAGUAGAAUACGAAGCCCCAAUAGGAGGAUUGAGAAUGGCGACAGUAGUCAAGGCCGAGUUCAUCAAAAUUCAGAGUGACUCUCAACUAGUGGUUAACCAAGUACUCGGAUUAUUUGAGGUCAAAGAUCCAGAAAUGAAAAAAUAUGUAGAUCGAGUUAAAGAGCUGCUCGCAAAAAUUACCGAAGAAGGUGGAAAAUGGGAAUUAGAGCAAAUACCCAGAGAAGAGAACACAGAGGCAGACACAUUGGCAAAGGCCGGAGCAACCAAAGAAACAGUACCAGUCAUACCAUGCUCGAUCCAAAACUUCAGCAGUAUCCAAAAUCCCGAGGCAACAUUCCUCAUCAACCUGUUAGAUCAAUGGAUGGAGCACAUCAUAUCAUACAUGGAGAAUGGAAGCCUACCCGAGGAUAAAAAAGAGGCAAGGAAGGUGAAGCGCCGAGCACCACACUUCUCAUACCGAGAUGGCACCCUAUACAGAAAGUCAUUCUCACAUCCAUGGUCCAGAUGCCUCACGGUUGAAGAAGGAGAAUACGUCUUAGCCGAAAUACACGAAGACAUGUGUGGAAUCCACAUCUCCCAUUUAGCACUCUGUCGAAAAGCGGUAUUACAAGGUUACGACUGGCCGACAAUGGCACAAGAUGCAACAAGCUUGGUACAAAAAUGCGAGAAAUGUCAAUAUCACCAGAAUGUGCAUCAUCAACCCACAACCGAGCAAAGUCCGAUAAUAAGUCCCUCGCCAUUCAGUACAUGGGGUAUUGACAUCGUUGGCCCCUUCCCGACAGCAAGUGGGCAAAGGAGAUUCUUGAUAAUAGCUGUCGAUCAUUUCUCCAAAUGGGUGGAAGCCGAAGCUGUCUCCACCAUAACAGAAGCACAAGUGCGAAGUUUUGUCCGAAGAGAAAUCAUUUGUCGUUUCAGAAUUCCAAGAAUCAUCAUAACCGACAACGGUAAACAAUUCGACAAAAAAAAUUUCAGAGACUUCUACACUGAGAAGGGAAUCGAUCUAAGAACCACGCCGAAAGCCGGCAUAGGAAGAACCCCAUACAGCCUAACCUAUGGGGGUGGAGCAAUGGUACCCGUAGAAAUAGGCAUGCCUACCAUCAGAGUACAAUACUUCGAUGAGCAACAAAACGAAGAAAACACCAGACUUUGCCUUGAUUUGCUAGAAGAACGAAGAGAACAGGCAUUGAUGCAGAUCGAAGCAUACAAGUAG